AUGGAUUUGAGAGUUGCAAUAAUAUUGUUUUGUGUUAUUCAGUCAUUGUUUUGUGUGUCACUCUCUUCUAUAGAAGAAGUGAAAGUGAAAGUUCAAGGAGUGACCUCUAUCGCUAAAACAGACGAUAAUUUUGUAUGUGUAACGUUGGAUUGGUGGCCUGCGAAUAAGUGUGAUUACAAUCAGUGUCCAUGGCAGGAGGCUGGAAUCUUGAAUCUGUUUAUUGUGAAAAUUGCAGCAUUCAAGACUCUUCGAAUCAGAGUGGGAGGUUCACUGCAAGAUCAGGUUGUGUACGAAGUUGGAAAAGCAGUCAAUAAAUGCCCAAAAUUUAAGAAGACACAAGGUGGCUUGUUUGGAUUUAGCCAAGGUUGCCUCCCUAUGAAGAAAUGGGAUAAUCUCAAUCACCUAUUCACACAAACUGGAGCUAUAGUAACAUUUGGGUUGAAUGCUCUAUCUGGGAGGAACAAAUCUGAGAACGAUGGCUCUCUUUGGAUAGGCGAUUGGGAUGAUCAAAACGCCCGCGAUCUGAUGAAUUAUACUAUCUCAAAGGGAUACAAGAUUGACUCAUAUGAACUUGGAAAUGAGUUGUGUGGAACUGGGGUUGCUGCAAGAUUAGAUUCUUCCCAGUAUGGAAAAGACGUUAUUGCCCUCAAGGAGCUUGUGAAAGAAUUGUACCCAGACGAAGGCACGCAGCCGAAGAUCUUAGGACCAGCAGGCUUCUAUAAUGAGAAAUGGUUUAAUGACUUUCUUCAGGUUACAGGACCAGGUGUUGUUGAUGGCUUAACCCACCAUAUCUACAACCUUGGAGCAGGUGUUGAUUCCGACCUAAUCUACAAGGUUCAAGAUCCAUAUUUUCUUGACCAAAUAGCUCAGACAUACAAAGAUGUUUCAACAACUAUCAACUUGUUUGGCCCAUGGGCAGGGGCAUGGGUUGGGGAAGCUGGUGGAGCUUACAACAGUGGUGGCAAAGAUGUAUCACAUACCUUUGCUGAUGGAUUCUGGUAUUUGGAUCAAUUGGGCAUGACAUCAACCUUCAACCACAAGGUUUUUUGCAGACAGGCAUUGAUUGGAGGAAAUUAUGGCCUUCUCAACACUACAACAUUUAUCCCUAAUCCGGAUUAUUACGGUGCUCUUCUGUGGCAUCGCUUAAUGGGAAAGAUUGUACUUCAGACCACUUAUGACAGUUCCCCUUAUCUACGAGUAUAUUCUCAUUGUUCAAAGAAAGAAUCGGGCAUUUCACUGCUUCUAAUCAACAUGUCAAAUUCUACUACCUAUGAAGUUUCGGUUGCGGAUGACUUGAAUUUCUAUCCUGACAACUAUGAUGAUAACCAACAACAAAUCCACAGGGAAGAGUACCACUUGACUCCAAAGGAUGGCAAUAUUCAAAGUGAUGUGUUGAUGUUAAAUGGUGUCCCGUUGGUGCUCACAGAGUCAAAGGAUAUACCAGCUAUGUAUCCAGUGCUCGUGCAUGCUUCAAACCCCAUCAGUGUUGCACCUGAUUCUAUUGUUUUUGCAACUCUUAAAGAUUUCAAAGCACCAGCUUGUUCUUAGGAAUUUUUCUAUAUGUCACGUUAUUAGAGAUCUUUGAUUUAUUUAUUUAUUUUUUGGGUACAUAGCUACAAAUGGUAAUAAUGGGAUUCUCUUCUUUUGUCUC